AUGCAGUGCUUGGCUGCAAGCCUAACAUCGCACCAAAGCGUCUUUGAAUGUGGCUUUUCGGAAGAUGCUAGCAGCAGCAGCGUGGAAACCGGCGACUUUGCAGAUCCACCACAAUCAAGUGGUCAAGGAGAUCAAAGUAGCAAUGUAGAGUUAGAAAAAGAUUUUGAAAAGAACUUGCAGAGAAAUUCAAAACCUUCCAAAAAAGCGAACAAAGGCAAAACGCCUGUCACAACAAAGAAAAGGAAGGCCUUGCCGUCUGAGACGUCUGAAUCAAAUCUUGUGGAUUUCUUAGAAAUGAGCUAA